CGUUCGGUGCAGGAGGUACCGGCUUAGGAAGGACUGAUUCUGGUACACAUAUUACAACAAUGGGGAUGUUUAGAUCGUGCAACCACUUCAGCAUCAGGCCUUUAAUGACCUACACUCUUCUGAGGAAGUCUUUACUAACAAAGAAUUCAGCAGGAAGUCUUAAUGGUUUUGUCAUGUCUAAGACACGGAGGUUACAAGGAGGAGCAGGAAAAAAUGUUCUGCCUCUGUCACAGUUUGCUUUUAGGUACAAUACCCUAACAGACCAAAGACAAGGGUUACAGAAAAAUUUCCAAAUGGUUCAAAGCUGCUUCUAUCACAGCAUAUCAAGCAGCAGAUACAGACAAGGAAGUCCCAUUUCUCUAGUGAGUUCAUCAAACUCCAUUCUUGGAAACAGCAUUGAUAGACGGAACUUUUCAAUAUCCUGGCUGGACAAGUUGGCCAUUACUCAAGCAGGCUGGUUCAGGGCCCUAGCAGAAUCAAGACUGGUUGAGAGCUUAAUGGGGGGGCUGCAGGGAAUACAUGACUUUCUGAACCUUCCUUGGUGGGGAGCCAUUAUCAUCUCUACAAUACUGAUGAGGGGAGUGUUAACCUUCCCUCUUGCAGUGUACCAGAAUUACAUCUUGGCCAAAGUAGAAAACUUGAAACCUGAAAUGGAUACGUUAGUUAAAGAAUUGAAAAGAGAGACAGCUAUUGCCAUAAGAAAGUUUGGCUGGGACGAGAAGCAUGCACGCAUUAUGUUCAAUAGAUCGGCCAAGAAAAUGUGGAAAGAUCUUAUCAUCAAGGAGAAUUGUCACCCAUUCAAGGCGAGCUUACUUCUUUGGGUCCAGAUUCCACUGUGGGUCUCCAUGAGUGUGUCAUUCCGGAAUAUGGCCUCCAUGAUGCCACACCAGGAUGCAGCUGCCCAGGUCCUCUUCCUUGAGAUGAGCACAGGAGGUUUUGGUUGGAUCCCAAACCUAACAGAGGUUGAUCACUCACUCAUCUUACCUGUGGCCAUGGGGCUCCUCAACCUUGCCAUCACGGAGGUUAAUGUGCUAAACAGACUCCAGGAGGGGUCAAAACUGCAAAAAUUUGCAACCAAUCUCUUUCGCACUGUCAGCAUCAUCAUCGUACCCAUCGCAGCAACUGUGCCUUCGUGUGUUAUCCUGUACUGGGUAACAUCAAGUGCUUGCGGUCUAGCACAAAACCUGGCUCUCCUGCACCCGGGACUAAGGCGGGUGUGCAGAAUACCUUAUACUCCAUCGGAACGUGAAAACCCCUAUCAACAUAUGUGGGCACAGAUGCAAAAGAGGUUAAGAAGGAAAAGUAAAGAAAUAAAUGGAAAAAAGGAUGGACAGAUAAACUGAUGAAUUAAUGUAAAGUGUAAAGGAACAAUUUUUUGUGAAAUAAUUGUAAAUAAUGAAGAUUUUAUUAUGUAAAGCGGCGCAUUAAAAGUUUUUUUUUUCAUAAACUGUUUCUUUUACUAUUAUUUUUUACUAUUUAGGUCACCUAUUAAAAGGAAAUACAAAGUGAAAG